UUACAAAUUAUCCUGAUAAUAUUCGCAAAUUUGAUAUCAGAAUGUUGAGUGAUGGAGAAGGAGUUUAUCAUCAUCCAACUAGUUCAGGAUCUUUUUGUGUGCCUCAUUUACCACUAAUAGAAGAAGCACGAGAGAAAGGUAUUAAGCAUUUUGGACAUGAACAUCCGUUGAAAUUCAAGGAAGACGUUAGAAAUGGAUCUAAAGAUGUAUUGGAUUGCAAUGGUUGUGGUACUGAAAUUGGAAGAAGUGGGUUCAGUUGUUGUAUAGAAAAAUGCAAAGGUUUUAAUCUUCACGAAUUUUGCGCAUCUUUACCCAAAGAGAUGAAGGACCAUCCACAACACCCACAACAUCCUUUAAUCCUCUCCACAGAUUUCUACGUAUCAUUCAGAUGUAAUGUUUGUAAAAUUAACUUUAUGUGGACGUCGCCAAUUUGUUAUCACUGUGCGGUUUGCGAGUUUCACGUGGAUCUAAGAUGCGCAUCCAUGUCCUUUCUUGUUUGUCCUCGCACUCUGCACGACCACGAAUUGACCGCUCAGUUAUUCCCGACAUCGUUUUUGUGUAGUUUUUGCGGUGAGAAACAUAAAGAAUUUGGUAUGUCCUAUCAGUGCAGAACCUGCUCCUUCUGGAUCCACGAGCAAUGCUACUCACUGCCUCUAAAUAUCACACACGGCAGUCAUGAUAUGCAUCCGCUUCAGUUAUGUCGUCUACAAGGAGAGGAUUUACCCAAGUGUCUAUGCGGCGUUUGUGAGGAAAAGAUAAACAGCCGAUUGGGUUUCUAUGUUUGUAAGAGAUGUAAAUACACAGUUCACAGCAAAUGCUCAACUAAGGAAUGUAGGGAUCCUCCAAUAAUUGAAGAAGAAGAAGAUCAAAUAAUUCAAUUUCGCGUUGCCUUCGACUGAGGUAGUACAUAACACGCUAGCCCAAUUUAUUAAAAAUAUAUGUCAAUGGAAGGAAGAGGAAGAGGAAGUUAAUAUCCUAAAUCACCGCAGCCAUGAUCAUCCACUUGCUCUUGAGUUUGAUUUAAGCAAGAUUACAAACUUUAACUAUGAAGUCUGCAAUGGGUGCAU